CACCCCUUAAUCCUGACUAGCUGACUAGCUAUCUUGCUAUCUGACGUAGGUUCGCUAGCUACACAGCUAACACGUCAAACGUGCCGGGCACGUCGUUGUUUUUCUUUUUUGUGUACAUUAUUUGGCAUGUUAGAAGUCCUUCGAUUGACUGGUAAUUUGUUUGCCCGUUUUAGCGAAUUAAUUAGCUAGCUACGAAGCUAGUUUUGUUCGGUAGGUUAUGCUGUGUUUACUAGCUAGCUGGCCAGUUAGCUGUAAUAAAGGUACACGGUUCUGGUUUAUUACCAGUCAGCCCUAGCUGGUUAAAUGUUCACUACUGAAGGAGCAAACGCUACCGGGGACAGCGAUGUGCACAUGUCGGUGGUCUGCUGUCAAUAUAGCUGGGUUAUUUGCGUCGAUAAAUUCAGUGCGCUAGCUGUAUUUUGCUUACUUUGCUGUUGGAUCCUAUAACUAGCUAAAAUAAAAUGCAGAGAAAAUGAAGGCCACAGUACGUUUCAUUGAUUGUAGAUUAUUAAAAUGAUACAUUAACGUAACUUUUAAGUAAAAAUCGUGUAUUUUAUCUAACAUUUCCUUACUACCGUUGCUAGCAUAGGCUAGUUUUCCUUAUCUUGCCACUAGUGUCACUUGAUGAUAAACCAUGUUUUCUUUUUCCUUUUUCUAAUUUCCUUGUCAAAUAUACAGUGGGCUUUAUUGACUAGACAGAUAGUUCUCAACAGCGGUGGUAACACUUGCGUGUUCUUGCAAAACUGGGAAGCGUUAGGUGAACGAUUAUAGUCGCCGACUGCAUUGUGACUUGACGCUAGUUGAGUAAAUAUACGGAGGCCGUUCGGACAAGAGUUGUGCUGAAUCACCGUGACUCCAAGCCCAACGGCUUCAGAAAAACAAAACACAAUGACAUCAGAUGGCAGAGCCAGCAAAGCCCUCAAGGUGAAGAGGGAGUGUGGAGAGAAUGUUCCCGUGCUGUCCGAUAGUCAGCUUAUGUCCCUGUCGGUGCGUGAGCUGAACCUGCACCUGCGCGGCUUGUCGAGGGAGGAGAUCCAGAAGCUUAAGCAGAGGCGGCGCACGCUGAAGAACCGUGGCUAUGCAGCCAGCUGCCGGGUGAAGCGUGUGUCGCAGCGUGAGGCUCUCGAGCAGCAGAAGAAGGAGCUGCAGCGAGAGGUGGAGCGGCUGGGCGCCGAGAAUGCUGGUAUGCGCCGGGAGCUGGAGGGCCUGGGUGCCCGGCUAGCCGCCCUGCAGCGCUUCGCCCUGGGUCUGGAGUCUGGAGGGAGUGGCCUCCUGGCCACGGCCCCCCGCCUCAACACAGCCUCCGUUAUCACAAUUGUGAAGAGCCCCCAGCAGGGCCACGCCCCCAGAGAGCAAGAGGCAGCCUAAGGGUCAUUCAUUCUGGCAAUAUGCACAUACACACACACACACACACACGCGCGCGUGCACACACACACACACACACACACACACACACACA